AUGAGUACGGCGGAGGAGGGCCCGGACCCCGCUGAGGACAGUCUGGAAGCCGUCAUACAGAAAUUGACCCUCCGGGUCCUGCGUGUUCCGGAUCAGAGGUCCCUCACUGUUCGCGGUGACACCAUCGACCCCGCCCCGUCCUCCCUGCCGCUUCGUAUCCGACAGAUCGUCACGGAGAACCUCAGUCCUCCCCCGGAGCCAGGUGACACCGCAGACAUGUCCUCCCUCCUCUCCGUACAAGAGGAGAAUCGCAUCCUGCAGCAGGAGCUGUCCCGGGUGGAGGAUCUCCUGGCGCAGAGCCGCGCAGAGAGGGACGAGCUCGCCAUCAAAUACAACGCCAUCAGUGAGCGGCUGGAGCAGACACUGCGAUUGGACAGCGGGGAGCGAGAGAGAGACUCCCUGGAGACGCGGAGCCUGGCGCAGCAGAAUGUAGAACUCAGGAGGCGUCUGGAGGAAGAACAAGCUGCAUAUAAGAGAAAGCUUCAGGCCUACCAGGAGGGUCAGCAGCGGCAAGCCCAGCUUGUGCAGAAGUUGCAAGCCAAGGUUCUGCAGUACAAGAAGCGAUGUGGAGAGGUGGAGCAGCAGCUGCUGGAACGAUCGACAGAGCUGGAGCACGAACGUCUUAGUAGCCGCCUGGAGAUGACGGACUCGCGGCUGCGGCAGGAGGAGGAGACCAGCAAUGAGCUGGAGAACGCACUGAUACGCCUGGAGGAGGAACAACAGAGGAGUUCCAGCCUCACCCAGGUCAACGCCAUGCUGAGAGAGCAGCUGGACCAGGCCAACUCUGCCAAUCAGGCUUUGAGUGAGGAUCUGCGCAAGCUGACAAAUGAUUGGACCAAAGCUCGUGAUGAGUUGGAGCAGAAAGAGAGUGAAUGGAGGAGGGAGGAAGAGUCCUUUAACUCCUACUUCAGUAAUGAGCACAGCCGGCUGCUGUCACUGUGGAGGCAGGUUGUUGGGUUCCGCAGACACUUCAGCGAGAUGAAAACCAUGACGGAGAGGGACCUGACGCUGAUGCAGAAGGAACUGUCGCAGUCCUGCCGCACUCUUCACGCCUCGUGCCUGAACGUCAGCGGAUCCCACCGGCUGGCAGAAAAUAAUGGCGUCGUCGUAGUGGAGAGGCAGGCGCUGCAGCUGGCCCAGCUGGACGAGCAGCUGAAGGACAAAGUGCGACAAAUGAUCCAGCUGCAAGCCGCGUAUGACGCAGAGAAGGCGGAGCUUGGCGCCAGGGCGGCAGAGCUGAUUAGGACCAUAGAACGUCUGCAGAGCGACAACAAGGAAAAAGACCUUCAGAUCAGGAGCCUGCAGGAGAAGGAGAAGAGCCAGAUGGAGGAGCAGGCCAUGCUGGUCGGGGAGGAGGUGGAAUCACUGAAGGCUGAGAGAGAAAUUCUACAAGAGACCCUCCGAGAACUCACUCAGGCGGUGCUGAGUGACUCGGACAGCGGUCUGCAGAUCUCCAGCGACAGGACGUCGGAGUUUAUAGAGAGCGAGGGUCCGGGACUCAGCCUGAGGGGUCUUUCCAGCAGUCUUCGCACCUCCUCUCCCAUCCGCCGUUCCUCCCCGCACCGUAGCACAUCACCAAGACGCAGCCUGUCGCCAGCAUUCCGGGACUCGGCUCUCUCCGCUGUUCACUCCGCUUUGCAGAGGAGGCAGCUGCAAGUGCAGGAACUGCGAGGGCGGCUGGAGACUGGACAGGAGACGGUCGGUGCGCUGCGCAAACAGCUGAGCGACAGCGAGAAUGAGCGACACACCCUGGAGCAGAAAAUCACCCAAACACAGCAAGAUCUCGACAAUACCAGCAUUGCCAAGGAUGACGCCGAGCGCGCUGUGUCCAGGCUGCGCACCAACCUAGAGCAGCUCAACAGUGAGCGUGCUGCGCUGGAGCGCAACAUCCAGAAUCUUCAGGAACAGCUGGAGACGCAGCGACAGGAGGCGGAGAAACUGCAGCUAGCAAACAGCGACCUGCAGCGGCAGAGGGACCUCCUACAAGAAGAGAAAGAGGAUGCAUGCCAGGACCGCAAUCGGGUGCUGCGCGAGGUGGAGAGAGGGCACAAGGCCCAGGAGCAGUUGGAGGUGAAGCUGUCCGCCCCUCCGGAAGGAGCUGGUGGUGGUGAAAGAGGCGCUGCAGCAGUCCAGCCUGGAGAAGGAAGUGUCUGACGCAGAGAAGGCUGACAUUUCCCAGGCCCUGUCUAAGGCGGAGACCAGUCGCGCCGAGCUGGAGCUGGCACUCAAUCGGCAGAGGACGGAAGAGGCCUCCCUGCGAGAUGCUUUGUCCAAGAUGAGUGCAUUGAACGAGAGCCUGGCCCACGACAAGAUGGAGCUGAACAAGGUCAUCGCUCAGCUGGAGGAACAACGCUCCACCUUGCAGGGACAGAAGCACGAGGUGGAGCAGGAGAAGGCCUCCAUUCGGGACGAGUUAGUGCGGCUGGAGCAGGAAAAGCUGGAGCUGGACACGGAGCGAUUCGGCCUGGAUAACUCCCUGCAGGCCAUGGAGCAAACCCGCGAGAAACUCCUGCAGGAGCUCCAUUCCCUCCGCAAGGAGAAGACACAACUUCAGGAGCAGCUGGGGCAGGUGACACGGCACAGGAACUGUCUGAGUGAGGAGCUGGUGCAGAGCCGGAAGGAGGUGGAGCAGCAUAGUGAGAGCCUCCUCCGGGCCUCCAGAGAGAAGGAGGCUCUGAUGAAGGACAAGGGCAACCUGGUGGUGCAGCUGACCGCGUGUGAGCGCGAGAACCGAACGCAGUCAGAAGAAAUAGCAGCUCUAAGGACAGAGAAGGAGGCUCUGGAGACGACGCUGUUUGAUGUGCAGCAACAACUGACCAACAUCACUUCCCGCAAAGAGCAGCUGGAGGCCGAGAGUCAGAGUCUGCGGCUGGCUAAAGAGGCUCUGCAAGCGGAGGUUGUCUCUUUGCGUCGGCAAAUGGAGGCCGAGGUCACUAAACUGGAACGGGACAAGGAGACCCUCAGCCUGCAGCUGGUCCAGGCGGAGAGAGAAGCUCACAUGGCACUGAAGAGCGAACAGAAAUCGCAUGAGGAGGACAUGGAACGUCUGCUGAGGGAGCAGGAAGCGCAGCGCCUGGAGCUGGAAUCGGAUAAAGAACAGUUGGUCCACCACCUGACGCAGGAGCGGGAAGAGUUACUGGCCAAAUACGAGAUGGAACGUGAGGAGAUGAGUGAGGAGAUAGCAACUCUGCAGCAGGAGCGCGAUGACAGCCUCUUACAGGCUGAGAAUGAGAAGCAGCAGGCCCUCUCCCUGAAGGAGUCAGAAAAGGCGUCUCUGAGCGAGAAACUGAACAACACGCAGCACACGCUGACCGGACUCAGCCUGGAGAUGGAGCGCCAGAAACGGGAACACCAGAGCAGGCAGGAGCAGGACCGGAGCACCAUCAUUAAUCUGAACUCCGAGCUGAAGGCUCUGCAGGAGAAGUAUGAGGAAUCGCUGACAUCUGUUGAUAGAGAGCUGAAGAGGCUGAACGAGCAGAUCCGAGAGACGGGGAAACAGAGGGAGGCGGCACUGCGCGAGGUGGAUGAACUGAAGACUCAGCUCUGUGUAGUAGAAGAUGGCCGGGACGCCGUGCGGCGUGAGCUGAUUGAGGCCCACCGGCGUGUGCGUGAGAGUCAUGAGGCGGUGGAGGUACAUAAGAAGGAGGCCCAGGACCUGCGCAGAUCUCUCAGUGAUGAGUCCAAAGAGAAGGAAGCUGUACAGAGAUCUAAUGAGGAGCUGCGUGGGGCGGUACGGCGAGCGGAAAGUGAACGCAUUAGUCUGAAACGGGCCAAUGAAGAGAAGGAGCAGAGGCUGUCUGUGCUGGAGGAGGCCAGAGCCGCCACAGAGAAGGAGGCCGCUGAUCUGCGCAGCAACCUGCGGGAGGUGGAGAGGUCACGUCUGGAGGGGAGGAGAGAACUGCAGGAUCUGCGGCGGCAGCUGAAGGUUCUGGAUGAUGAGAACACAAAGCGCAGCCGAGACUUGGCGGAAGUGCAGGCGCGCCUUUCUAUGUGUGAGCAGCGAGAGGAAGAAAUGCGCAAAGACAGCUUCUCCUUGAAGCAGAAGCUGGUGGAGACGGAAGGCGGCCGGGAAGCCGCCAGGAAGGAGCUCGGCGCUCUGCAGAGGAAGCUGACCGAGGUGGAGAGCGACUUUGGCCUGCGGGAGAAGGAACUGCAGGGCAGCUUGGAGGAGGCUCGCGGCAACGAGAAGAAGCUGCUGGACAACACCCGCAAUCUGGAGAUCAAAGUCGCAGCAUCGCAGGAGGAGUUGGCUCAGCUGAGCCUGAAGUUGAGCGCCAGUGAGGGGCGGGUCCAUGGACUGGAGGCGGAGUGGCGCGUCUGGAAGGACUGAAGAGGGAGACGGAAUUCAAACUCAGCAGCCUGCACUCUGCUCUGCGGAGAACUCUGGGGAUUGGCCGAGCGGGACGCACGCCGAGCCCGGCCGUUAGGGGGCGCAGUAACUCACCCCGCAGGGCGUUCUCCCCACUAAAGGGUAAGCGGGCGUCACAGAGAGUCGGCACGGCAAGGCUGCUGCACAAAGUGCUCUUCAUUCUCGUCUUCUCUUCAUCCAGGAUUUGA